GGGGGUACCUUUUGUGCAGAUAUAUCGAGAGGAGUACCACCCGCUUCAGAUUACUGCGUGCGUGUACGAGAGAGAGAGAGAGAGAGAGAGAGAGAGAGAGAGAGAGAGAGAGAGAGAGCGAGCUUUCCAGUUCCAAAAAGACGACCCAAGCCUCACAACAGCUACUUGCUUGCCUGCUUGAUUGCUUUCUUGAACCAACACAACCAAAAGCGCAGAAAGUUUUUUCAUCCCCCUUCCAAAAAAAACAACAAAGAAAGAAAGAAAAGAAAACGCUGUCAUCAUGGACGGGAUAAAGUUCGGACACGCGUGGCUUGUGUGCACCUUGCUACUCUGCGUAUUGCAACUGUGCCGAGCGUUGGUGACGGUCAACGUGCCUCCGGAAGUGGAGGUGUUGAAGGACGAGACUGCCAAGCUGCCCUGCACGUACACCGCGUCGCCGUCGUCCGACAACACCAUCGUGGAGUGGCACGUCGAGGUUCAGGGAAACAGGAAGCGCGUGGCUUACCUCACGCAGGGCGGCGAGGCCAAAAGCGACAAGGACGCGCCCCUGAACGGCCGCGUCAGCAUCAGCGAGGACAACACCUUAACCAUCGCGUCGGUCCAACCCUCCGAUGGACUCGUCUUCUUCUGCUCAGUCACCGCCGGACCUGCUGGCAAUGGACAAGCCUCCACUAUGAUCAAAGUUUUUUUUGCUCCAGAGAAGCCCACCCUCACACAAGCGUCAAGCCAAGCCAUUUCUGUGGGACAGCCUGACAGCUCCGAGAUUGGUAGCUGCGUGACAAUGAAUGGGCACCCGCAGCCAAGGAUCAUCUGGUUUAAAGAUGGCCAGCCCCUUGCGGAGGUCAAGGACAAGAAAGAAAAGACCUACAUGGUUCCGUCGCUGGUGAAGGAGGCAUCGGGCCUGUACACCGUCAGAAGCACCCUCUACAUGCAGCCCGUCAAGGCCGACAAGGACUCGGUGUUCGAGUGCACGGUGGAGUACAGCAUGCCGGGGGAGCAGAUCAAGCAGAAGAAGUCCGACACGAUCAACCUCAACCUCAACUACCCCUCGGAGACGGCGACGUUUACGCUUGUCAACCCUGGCGCCGUCAAAGAGGGCGACAACGUCACCAUGAAGUGCGAGACAGAUGGAAACCCUCAGCCCGAGUUUGAAUUCACCAAAGACGACAAGGUCGUCUUGGGCCAGGACGGCCUCCUGACCUUGAAAUCCGCCAAGCGCACCGAUGCCGGCGUGUACACGUGCAAGGCCAUCGACUUCGACAACCUCGACGCUGACCUGACGGGCGAGAUCACCCUCAGCGUGCACUACAUUGAUCCGAUGAGUGUGACUCCGGCGAAGCCUCAGGUUGUCAUGCUUGGAGACAGCGUGGAGUGGCAGUGUAAGACCAAAGCCUCUGCCCCGCAUACAGUGCAGUGGAAAAAGGGUUCCGAGGUUCUCUCUCAGGACGGGACCCUCUCGAUAACGGCCGACUCGUACGAGAAAGACGGAGAGUACAGGUGCGUCGGGGCCGUGCCGUCCGUGCCGGGACUGAUGGACCAGGCUAGCGCCACCCUCACCAUUAAAGGAAAGCCCGUGAUCGAAACGCUGGUCGGCGGGGAGGUGUCCAACGAAGGGGAUGCGAUAUCCCUCAAAUGCUCCGCCUACGGCUCCCCCGUCCCGCAGUUCACCUGGAAGCCCUCGGGAAAAGAGUCCGUGACGGUGGAGGGCAACAAGGUGGUGAGCACCGUCGUCCUGGCAGCCAGCGCCGCCGUCGUGAAGGACGGCGUGACCUGCGAGGUGGCCAAUGAGUAUGGCACCGAUAGCAAGACCUUCAGCGUGUCUCUCAAAAGAGCUAUUCAAAACUCCGCAGACAGAGUGCUGCUCUCUGGAAACCCUGUGCUUAAGUCAGCUGAUCAGCAGCAGGGCGGUUCCAGCGGGGUGGUGAUAGCCGUGGUGGUGUGCGUGCUGCUGCUCCUGCUGUUGGUGGCUCUCAUCUACUUCCUCAACAAGAAGAGUAAGCUGCCCUGCGCCAAGAAAGACAAGAAAGAAGUGGCGGACGCAGAAGUGAACAAUGACAUUGUAGUGGAAAUGAAGACAGACAAGGCCAACGAAGAAGCCGGUCUCCUUCACAAGAGACCGCCUGCAGAACAGUGAUGAACGAAGAGCGGCAGAGGGACCAAGGGAAGAAGCUUGACAGUUAUGAAGAAAAAAAAAAA